GGAAUCCUCUUCGAACCCAUUAUCUUCCUUCCCCUUAUGCCAAGAGACCAAGAAUCAAACGUGGGCUCAUCAGCUAUAGCACUCUCCCUCAUGCGCCCUCGAUUGCUCGUCUGCUGUCGGCGGUCAGGUUCUGUUCCGUAGCAGCGACGUCGUCUAUCAGAAAGUCUCAUGCCUUCCUCUUUCAGACAAAGCCAAUGGCUUUUCUUCGCAGCAGCGUUUCCCUUAGCCGUCUACUAGCAACUCUCAUGCUCCUGAUUAUUCUAGCGGCUGAGAGGCGUGUCUGCAUCAGGAUUCCGGAACGGAUCAUUGAAACCGCAGGAGACGUACCCAACAACCAGUCCUUGAAAACAGCAGUUUUCGCUCUGGGAAGCUUUUGGAGAUCUGAAGCUGUCUUUGGGUGCUUGAAUGGGGUUGUACAGACCACUGUCGGUUACGCUGGCGGAUCCAAAAUCAACCCUGAGUACAGAAGCUUGGGUGAUCAUGCUGAGUCUGUCCAGGUUAUAUACGAUCACAGGCUGAUUAGUUUUAGGCAACUUUUGGAGAUUUUCUGGUCAAGUCAUGAUUAUAGGCAAGUGUUUGGGCAAGGUCCUGAUGUGGGUAACCAAUACAGAUCUAUCAUUUUCACGAACGGAACUGAAGAGUUCAGAUUGGCUGUUGCGAGCAAAGAGAGAGAACAAACUAAGUCGAAGAGUAGCAGUGUAACUACUCAAAUCCUACCACUUGGAAAAUUUUAUUCUGCUGAGCCUGAACAUCAGAAGUUUGAGCUGAAGCGUAGGCCAUUUCUUCUCCAAUUAAUUGGAAACUUGCCUGAAGAGGAACUUGAGAGGUCAAGAUUGGCUGCAAAACUGAAUGGCUAUGCUGCAGAGCUUUGUCCUCCAAAAAUUCAGAGGCAGAUUGAUGCAAAGAUCAAUGAAAUUAUUAAAAAAGGAUGGCCUAUUUUGAGAGACUUGUAGGUGGCCCAUAAAUUAGAACUUUAGACAAACAUGCAGCAUGCUCUAUCAAGUUCUCGCACAUGUGCACCAUUUUAUCUGCCUGUUCAAUCCCAAUCUGUAGGAUAGAGAAUCCAAUUGAGUUCAUUAUUGAGUAACCCACCAGUGUUGUAUGCCCUGUCAUCAUGUUAGGGUUAUAUCUGGUUUUUGCAGGUUUGUUGAGCUCCUAUGGUGUAUAGUAUCCUCUGAUCAUUCAUUCGAAAUCUUAUGUUGUCAACUGUGAAUUUUGACCACACUUUCACGCAUUUAGGCAAGAGCCAACUUGAUCGGUGGUCCAACUUUACGGUCUGUAAACAUAAGUAUCAUGACCAAUUGUCCAAAUUUACAGUUCUGCAAGAGAAUAUUCUUCAA